UGUUUCAGUAUUACCAUUUUAAUGUAAAUUCCUGAUUAUUACUUAAGUCACAUGUAUCCGUUUCACUGACACGUAAAGAGUGACCUAACGUGUCUGAUUACUCUCGCUGCCAAUGAUAAUGGUUAAUAUAACCAGAAACGGUAAUUUUAUGUUUAUGGUUUUCACAGGAAUUUCUUUCAGAGCCUCGGUUUGUGCUUCACAAGCUGAAUGCACCUGUACCUCGGACAAACAAUGUCUAAACACAUUUCUCUGUGAAUGCCCUUGUCACUCCAAGCUCGCUUUUCGGUAUUGCCUCGGAGAGUUUCCCAAUAGCAGUCUUCCCAUUUGCCCAGCACUAGGACCAAAACGAUUGCAAUCUGAACCUGUUCCUGAUAGUAAGAAAUGUCUUGAAGAAUGCUUUGAUCCUCACUGCGGAGAGAAAGAUGAGCAGAGGACAUGUGAUGGACUAGUGAGCUGUUAUUGGUGCAAAAAAGACAAACACGGUCUAUUGUUGACAAAUCCUUACUGUGGCACCUCAGAAAAAUGUUUCAGAGGAGCAGAAGCUCCGAAUAAUAAAGAUCAUGAGCAAAAAGACAAAGGUUGUAAUCCCUCAAAAAAUGGAUCUAAUACUUUGUCGAUGGCUGCCAUUGUAGGAAUUUCCAUAGGAUGUGUAGUAUUUGCACUUUUGAUUCUGAUCGGCAUUUGGAAGGGUAUAAAACAUUGUCGAAAUACAGGACCACGUCCUUUCCCUGUGAGAACGUUUUUCACACAAAAGAACACUGCAACUGAAUCAACCGACCAUGAAAUGUCUCAUGGAAACCAAGGACAUGAUUACGAGGACCCCAGGGACCUUGUGAUACUUUCUGGGCCACCCUCGUACAAUGAAGUACUACAACAACAAAACUCUAGUUACACCNAAUUCGUGAAGAAGAAAGUGAAUUUGAAGAUACCAACGCCGAUCUUGGCUAUGUGGAAUGCAUUCAUGUUCAGAAUACUGCCGAGGGGUCAGAAGCAAUUUACGUUAAGAACUCAAAAUUAUAAACUUCACUGCAGGAUAUUGUAA